GGCUUUGCUUCACGGACCUUGUCAGCAGCAGAGAAAGGUUAUUCGCAGUUGGAUAAGGAGGGUCUGGCCAGUAUCUAUAUGGGCGGGCGUUCACGAUUGUCACAGACCAUAAACCUUUGAUGAGUCUGUUCAGUGAGACUCGAUGCAUCCCACUGCUCGCCUCAGCCAGGAUACAAUGUUGGGCUCUCACACUGUCUGCAUACAUCUACACUAUAGUGUACAGAGCGGGUAAGGAUAAUGCCAACGUUGAUGCGCUGAGUAGGCUGCCCUUACCUGACACGCCGCUGAUGACACCCGUGACAUUCCUGCUGCAGGGUUGGCCCAGUGUUGUGGAAGAAGAGGAACUGAGGCCUUAUGCAAAACAUAAAACAGAACUGAGUCUGCAGGAUGGCUGCAUUUUCUGGGGUACGAGGGUCGUCGUACCGCCUCCAGGCCGUUCGCAGAUUGUGGAGGAGAUACAUGAGACACAUCCAGGUGAAAGAUGAAAGAUGAAAGGCCUGGCCAGGUCGUACGUCUGGUGGCCAAAAAUGGACCAGGACCUGGAAGAAAAGGUGAAGGCAUGCACACAGUGUCAGACCAAUCAGCACUCACCAGCGCCAGCACCUUUGCACCCAUGGGAGUGGCCUGGCCGCCCAUGGUCUAGGCUACAUGUAGACUUUGCCGGCCCGUUCAUGGGGCAGAUGUUUAUGAUAAUGGUGGAUGCACACUCCAAAUGGAUCGAGGCCCACAUCAUGAGCAAUAUCACAGCCCCCGUGACCAUUGACAAACUCAGGCAGGUGUUUGCCAUCCAUGGAAUACCGGACUCGCUGGUCACUGACAACGGCCUGACAUUCACCAGUGAGCUGUUCAGUGAGUUCAUGCAAGAGAAUGGAAUUCAUCACGCCAGAACCGCUCCUUUUUACCCAGCUUCCAACGGGUUGGCAGAGCGGGCGGUUCAGACAGUUAAGGAGGGCCUGAAGCGCAUGACAGGGGACUCACUUAGUAGUCGGCUUUCACGGUUCCUGUUUAAAUACCGCCUCACGCCACAGUCUACAACAGGACGUACACCAGCGGAGAUGCUGCUAGGGCGUCGCCCCAAGUCAAGAUUGGACCUGCUGCGUCCAAACAUCAAGGCAAAGGUGGAGAGAAAACAGGAGAAGCAAAAAGAGAGACAUGAUCAGCACGCACGAGAGAGACAGCUUGAACCUGAUGACCACGUAUAUGUGAGGAACUUCAACAACAACAGCGUGAAGUGGCUACCGGGAGUCAUUCGUAAGCAGAGUGGCCCAGUCUCUUUCGUUGUGGAGCUACAGGAUGGACUGGUGUUCAGGAGGCAUCAGGACCAUGUGCGUCUGCGGUACGACGCUGGCUCAGUGACAGAGAUUGCCGUGCGGUGUCCAGUGGUGGAGCAGCCUACAGUGGAAACAUGUUCUCCUGGGGUUAGGCCAGAGGGAGUAUCUCAGGAAGAGGUAUCGGUGUCUUCAGGGACUGAUGGACCUUCACCCACUGCUACACUGACUCCGUCCAUGCCCCCAGCACCAGAUCGACCCAAAACACCUUCACCGAUGGUGCCUGCUGGGUCACCAGUGGUGUUGCGAAGAUCGCAGCGCACUCAUAAACCACCAGCUAAGUUGAAUGUGUGAUGGACACUAGACUUGAAUGUUUACUUGCCAUAUUUGCCAAAUGUUGUGUGAACUUGUUUUUGUUUACAUUGAAGGUUAAGUUGUUUAUGGCUAAUGUUUAAUAACUGGCACUAAUGGGUUAUUCAGUCUAAGACGAUUGUGAUUGUUACGUUUACGGGAAUGUUGGAAUAUAAAGGGGGAGGAGUGUUAUAAUAUGUAACUAUUAAACAGUUAACUAAAGUUAAGUAUGUGAGUGGUCUUUGCCAGACAGAAGUUACCACACUAUUCAUCUAAAUGUUUUGAGUAUGGAGACAAAAUAAGAACAAAUUCUUUGUUGUCCAAACAUGUAUUCCGAAUAGUUCACUUACCCAAUCCAAGGUGUCCUGCAUGAUACCACGUCAAUAAAACCUGGGAGUGAUCUUCUCCUGCAUCUGAAAUGGCCUGCAUGGGCCUCAGUCAGCAGGGCCACAUUCUCCUCCUUCAUGAGCAUGACCCUCCUGUCUCCAUAGUAAAGGGACUCACCUAAACAGGACACACAACAUUUAAGUGAAAUUGUGCCAAGAUUAGUGUCAAGAUGAGCAAAGAGAUUUGGUAGUAAGUUAGCUCUACCUCGUAGACACAAUAUUUCAGAGGAUUUUUGGAAACCUCUUUUCCAUAGAAAGAUAGAGGAAAAUGUGAUUCAGUGACCCACAUACGUUACUUUCCAAUAUACAAACCGACACUCGAUGGUAUACAGUGAUAGACUUAUGUUCAGCUUUUAUCAGUUUACCCUUACAUUCAGAGUCACAGUACCUUUUUGCAUUUACGUAUCAAGGUCAGCAGUACUCAUAUACAAGGCUGCCACAAGGAUAUUGUCAAAGUCCCUCAGUGUUUACAGCAAGAUUUACAGCAUCUGGACAUUUUCAAUACCUUGAUAACCUUUCAAUACCGUGGGACCCCUCCGUUCUGCCACUUCGUGCCGUCUGGCGCCUCCCCCUCGCCACACCUGCACUUCACGCUCACGACUGCUGUCUGUCCUGGUCCCACGGUGGUGGAAUGACCUCCCGGUGAAUGUCAGAACGGCAGAGUCUCUGACCUCCUUCAAGCGCAGACUGAAGACCCAUCUCUUCAGGCUACACCUUUCCCUCCCCAACUCACAAUCACUGUGAUUAGCCUUAGACCGUAAUGGCACUUAUGUAUAGAUAUUGUUACUUGUAUAGGUAUUGUUCUUUUUAUUGGCUGUUGUUGUAUUCUAGCUGCCAACAGUGGUAUGCUAGUUUGAAUGUUGAUUGUACUCUUCAAGGGUUCUGAAUUUCUGUAUGUUUACACUAGGACUCGGAACUGUACUGUCCUCUCAGGUCUACUUUUGCACUUGUUCUUGUGAUUGAUUUGCACUUUGUUGUACGUCGCUCUGGAUAAGAGCGUCUGCUAAAUGCCACGUAAUGUAAUGUAAUGUAAUGUAGGUGAUUUGCUCAUUUGCAGUCCCACUAAAGAACAGUGUGAAGAAGACUCAGCCGCUAUAUUCACUGCUCUGACGAAAGUAGGCCAUAAAGUUAGCAGAGACAAAUUAUAGUUCUGCCAGCAAACAGAUGAAUACGUGGGUAGGCAACUAAGUGGUUACAAGAGAUGUAUUGCACCAGCACAUGUUGAGGCUGUCACCAACACGCCCAAGCCACAGACAGUUGGGCAGAUUCUUUUCUUCUUGGGAAUGGCAGGGUACAGCUGUGAUGUUCCACGUUGCUUUGUUGUGUUCCCUCUUUUUCCCUCCUUUUUUACUUUUUUACUCAACACCAUUCCAUUCGCUGUCCCUCCUGCCAAUCAUCAUUAUCCUGGUCCCGCCUCUACCAAUCACAUCCCUCCUCUGCUAGAUAAAAGCUGUGUGUUUGCUGCCGCACACUCUCUCACUCAUCUCAUUCAGCUAUAACUUGUGUAUGUGUGUACAGAAACCCAGAACUAAUCAUUCCCCUACUUGUGUGUAUGUGUGGUUGUUUGUGUAUAGUCCAGGCCCUGGGGCAGGUUGUUAACUGUGUAAUUUGUGUUUUGUUAGAGUAGUCAAAUAGGCUUUUGUUUGUUUGCUAAGCCCAUCUUUGGUUCUAGCUUGGUUUUGGUUUUUUUUCAUUUAUUUGGCAACAUCUGUGUCCCUUGGCCUUGUGACCUAAAUGUGUUCUUUGUUGUGUAAAUACUUGUAACAAUUGUAAAUAGUACUUCUUGCACUUUUUGUAUCAUAUACACCUUUUUGCACUUU